UAUAAAUAAAUGUAUCCCCAAUUUGCUAUCUCCAUUAACUUGGAAGUUGAGUGAGAAAAUUUACAAAAGAUGGGUUUGAGAGCACUGCUGCCUCUUCAACACAACAGUGGGUUCAUAUCUACGGCCAAAGUUCCCAUCUCAAGAACCUCUCCGAGAUUUAACCGGAGUCCUAGAUGGGUCGUUGUGUCGGCCAAGCAAGAUGAUAAAGAUGAUGAGAAGAAGAAUAAGAAGAAGAAGAAGGAAGAGGAGGAGACUUCGUUGUUUACUCAAUUAACUGAUGCGUUGGACUUCUCACAGGUUCGGUCGGAGAAAGACGCUGACCUUCUCUACGAGGCUCGUGAAGCCACCAAAUCUGGUGGCAAGAUGACCCAAGAACAGUAUGGGGCAUUAAGAAGAAAAAUCGGAGGGACAUACAAGGACUUUUUCAAAUCCUACGUUGAAGUGGAUGGGACAUAUGUGGAGGAAGGAUGGGUGGACAAAACAUGCAAGAUUUGCAAAAAGGACACAAAGGGUGAGGCAAGACAAGUUGACAAGUUAGGGAGGUAUGCUCAUGUCUCUUGUCUUCAAAAUCCUCCAAGUUCUUCUGGAAAUUUCUUCACCAGGCUCUUCUCUAAAUGAUGAUCAAGUUCCCAAAAUCAUAUGAAUGUGUUUGUUUGUAACUAAAAUAUUCUUGCAGUUUUGUGCCUGUGUUUAUAGAAAUCGAAGUUAAUUUACGUACAAAAAAACAAACAAUGUUUAUUGUAUUGAUUUAACAAAUAUGAAAGCGACAGAGGAGGGAGGAUGUACAUUUAUGGUCUAAAUGUCUUGAAGUUUUUGUAACGAGCUCCUAUGCUAAAGAAAAAACGCUUAUAUGAA